AUGGCCGCUUCAGUUAUGUACUCAAACAAAGAAAUAUGGUCGAAAAGGCAAGUGGUGAAUGUCACGUCUGAUAAGAUGGUUUUGGAAGAGAACAAGUUAACUGAAAAGCAACUUAAGCGGGUUGGUUUUGCUAACCGAAUGGGAAAAAAAAAGAAACUGAGGAAGGUAGGAAUUAUUACAAACAAGAAAGAACCUGCUGCAGAGAUGAAAAAUAUUAUGCAUCCUGCUCAAAAGGUUCAAGAAAAUGUGAGCCAUAAGGUUAUUAAGAGGAAAAGGAAUCAAUCAGCAAAGGAGAAGAAGGAUUCCUCAACUGAACAAAAAGUAUUGGCGGAAAAAAUUCGAAAAAAUUGGACCAACGGAGAGCUCGAAGAGAGUGCAGAAAAGAGGAACCCAGAGAAAAUGCCUCUAUUUGAGAAUGACGGCGAUGUCCAUGGGGAAGGCUUUUCUAGUUUAAACACUGCUUCUGAAGAAAGCGAUAAUGACAUGGAAAGUGACUGUUUUUCUUCAAGUGAUCUAUCGGAAUUAGAUACAGAGGACUUGCCAGUAGAGAAGAAAUCUCGCAGAUUGGAAAGGAAGAAAAAAAGUGAUGAGAAAUUCGCCGAUGAUGAGUUGUUAUUGAAUAUUGAAAGCGGAGAACAGUACAAAUUGCCAUCAGUUGAAGAAAUUGAGGACGAACUGAAACAGGCACCUAAUUUGAAAAUCACAAAACAACGUAUCUUAGACGUUUUCCAAGUGCUUGGUGAUUUCAAAAGUCGACGCGAUCCAAACCGAAGUCGAGAUGAAUAUAUUUCUGUUCUCAAAAAAGAUCUCUGCAGUUAUUAUAGUUAUAAUGAAUAUUUAAUGCAAAAAUUCAUGGACAUUUUUCCGAAUGGAACAGAAUUACUAGAAUUUCUGGAAGCAAACGAACAACCACGACCUGUAAUUAUACGCUCAAAUUCAUUGAAAACACGACGUGCUGAAUUGGCAAGGAAUCUCAUCAACAGAGGAAUGAAUGUUGAUCCAGCGGCGGAGUGGACUAAAAUUGGCUUAAUUGUAUACGAUAGUCAAGUUCCUGUUGGUGCAACUCCGGAAUAUCUCGCUGGGCAUUAUAUGCUGCAGGGACUGAAUUCCUUUCUUCCAGUGAUGGCUUUAGCGCCACAACCGGAAGAAACUAUAUUGGAUGUAUGCUCUGCGCCUGGUGGUAAAUCAUCUCAUAUUGCAGCAUUAAUGAAAAAUACUGGGAUUCUUUAUGCAAAUGAUGUCAAUAUGCGGCGCUGUUGUGCGGUUAUUGGUAAUUUGCAUCGUCUGGGAGUGAAUAAUGCGGUUGUAAGUAAUUUAGAUGGACGAGAAUUUGCAAAAAUUAUGCCUCAAGGUUUCGAUCGUGUUUUGUUGGAUGCGCCAUGCUCAGGAACAGGUGUAAUCUGGAAAGAUGGAAGUGUUAAAACACGGCGUGAAAGUCAAGAUGUUCAACGGUGCCACACUUUGCAGCGGGAACUAAUACUCGCUGCAUUGGAUUCCAUUAAUGCAAAUUCAAAAACUGGCGGUUAUCUAGUUUACUCAACAUGCUCUGUUCUAGUUGAAGAAAAUGAAGCAGUCGUGGAUUAUGCAUUGAAGAAACGAGAUUGUAAACUUGUACCAAUGGGUCUGAAUAUCGGUGUGGAAGGAUUCACGAAAUUUCGAGAAUACCGCUUUCACCCAUCACUCUCUCUGACUCGACGAUAUUAUCCACAUAUCCAUAAUAUCGAUGGAUUCUUUGUGGCAAAAUUCAAGAAAUUGUCAAAUUCAAAGAUAGCAAAAAACACAGACUUGUCUGGUGGACUGAUAGAUAAAAAUGCUAGUGCUUCCAAAAACAAAUUACAAAAUGGUAAUUCAAAUCGAGCUGAAAUCAAAGAAAAAUCUGCAAUGGCAAAGAAAGCAGUGUUAUAUCAAGACAAUCGAAAGAAACAUCAGCCAAAGUUUCCAAUUGAAAAGAUGGAAAUCGAUGUUAGUGCAUCGAAUAGCGAAGUAUCAAAGGAAUCUGUCAAUGGAGCAGUGCCGAAGAGUAACUCAAACAAUUUUCUUAUCCCGAAAAAAAAAUUAUCUAAAAAAUUGAAACUGGGCAAAGGCAAUAAAUUCACGAGAAGGAAAAACGAAAAAAAUUUGAAGAAAAGUAAGAAUACUGUAGAACGUUAG